GGCUUGCUAUACAUUUCAUCACAUCAGCAAGUUUAACCUGUUACGUAGCUAUAUUAGGCAGACGCCCACUGAGGUGUGGGUGCUUGCUUUGCGAAUGAUUGCCAAGCACCACUUUCUGCGCAGAAAUAAAGAUUAAGUUGGAUCAUUCAACCCUGUGUGUUUAUUGGCACAAGCGCACCGGGCACGAACUCGCCAUUGUUUGGGGACAACAAUUUCUGGCGACCCAGAUGGGACCCUAGCUGACUGCCUUGCCCGGUCCACCUCUUCGGCUCCGGCAACAACUGUGGAUGGCGCGAGGGCCAGGCGCCACCGACCUUAUUCGUCGGAGGUCUGACCGUCUCCUGGUUGCCUGACGGAGUCGGGGAGGGGCACAACGGCGCAACGCUCGAAGGACCAACUUAAUCAGGUGGGGCGAGGGAGGUUUCAACGGACUGGUAUGUCCAGGAACGACUUCCACUCCCUCUAGAUACACCAGUCCACAAGUUCCAGAUCGGAGACAAGGUACUGGUCCGGACGUGGAAAGACGAGCCGCUUCAGCCCAGGUGGAAGGGACCGUAUCCUGUGAUUCUUACUACUCACGCUGCAGUGAAGGUUCAGGGGGUAAAACCGUGAAUACACUACACCCAGGUGAAGGCCACACCAGAAGUACCACCUGCAGGAGAAGUUGCUGAGAGUGUCGCACCGGAAGCCGACACAAACGGACACCGUUGGACAGCAGAACUAGUAGAAGGACUCAAAUUUCACUCAUUUUUGUUUGGCAGGUGGAAUAUCGGUUGAUGAUAUUUUCACGUCAUGCCUUAUAGGGGUGCCCACUCCAAUGGAAGCACUCCAGAAUACAUAAGUGUUACAUGGUGUUACCUCCCCUGGUAACACCAGCUGUGCCAAUUUUGUGAACUGUACCCAAGCUUGCAAAAGCCUAACCAAAGAAACGAAAAUUUUCAAUUGCUCAGACACGACUAAUGUAUCUUGCAACUAUGUUCAUGUUAUAUUACCCCGGGGGUGGUUCCUCCUUUGUGGGAAGACUGCCUAUUCAUAUAUCCCAUCCAAUGCCACAGGAGGCCCUUGUGCUCUAGGCCGGUUGACUGUCUGGCUACCAGGUAUGCCUAAGAUCUCUAGUAAGCGUCACCAGAGAGGUUUGAAGGUGCUAGAUAAAUCCUGUGAUAGUGACAUAAACCUCCUGAGUGAGGCCGAGGUAGUGUCCUUAGCAGUUUUCCUAGUAGGGGUGCCAGGCCUAGUAGUGGAUGCUGAGAGGCAGCUUGGUAAGGUGGCCUGUGCCCUGGCAAAGGGCCUAAAUACAACUUCACAGGCUCUAGCUGCCCUCAAUAUUGAAAUGAAAGAACUAAGAGGAGCUACUCUGCAAAAUAGAGCAGCCAUAGAUUAACUGUCGCUGAGGCAUAACCACGGAUGAAGAGUUCGAGGGAAUGUGUUGUUUUAAUUUUGACAGAUAGCUCCGAGUUGAUAGAGUCAAAAGUGCAGAAGUUAAAAAAAAAAAAAAAAAUUCUGUCCCACAUUAAGCAAGGGGAAGGGUUCAACUUCUCAUGACUUACUUCUUGGCUUCCUAAUUUUUCAUGGCUUAAGCAAAUUUUCCUAUUAAUUGUGGCAAGUAUGUGUAUUUUCUUGAUGAUCUGUUGUGGGAUACAGUGUGCGCCAAUGUGUUGUGAGAUACUCAAGAAAUCAAUUUCUUCCCCAGUUCACCGCGUGAUGUUUGUAAAAUCAUCAGUUACAAACCCGAUCCAAAACAAUCGGGAGGAAGCAAAAAGAUUUCUGGAGAUGAGACAGAUAGUCGAGAACUAUGGGCCUUUUCCAUAAGGGCCAUAGUCUCGAAGUGGGGAUUUGAUGGGUACCCCUGAAAUUUCACUAUGCAUUUUCUACUUCGGGAACAGCUUUGUAUGUUUUGAAAAGUAUUUUAUCUAACCAAGGGCAUAGAGUAGGUUGUUUAGGCUGGGGGAGAUCGCUUGUUGCUUAGUUGCUUAAUUGCUGGCCUCGCUAGAAGGAAAGCUGUAUCAACAAAGUCCGGAGCUAGAAGGGGGGUUACUUGGGGGGGAGCUGGAAGGGGGGUUACUUGCUGGGCUUGCUAUACAUUUUGUCACAUCAGCAAGUUUAACCUGUUACGUAGCUAUAUAAGGCAGACGCCCACUGAGGUGUGGGUGCUUGCUUUGCGAAUGAUUGCCAAGCACCACUUUCUGCGCAGAAAUAAAGAUUAAGUUGGAUCCUUCAACCCUGUGUGUUUAUUGGCACAAGCGCACCAGGCACGAACUCACCAUUGUUUGGGGACAACAUGAGGGCGCGGCGAGCCGUGUCUAGGUUUAUAGUUGCAACAUAAUGGCUGUCUCCAUAAAAGAAUGCCUUGAGCUUCAGCUGUUGGAGAUGGAAAUGCUUUUUUCAAUGUUUCCUAAUAAAGGAGAAAUAAACCUUCGGGACCAAAAUGCUCUUACCUGCAUACAGCUCUAUUUGAAGAAGACAAAGGAAGAGCUACCACCUCAAAUUGACUAUUCGGUUUCUGUUAACAUAGACGAGCCAAAGGUAAAAGUAGAUUUGCAGGUAAUCUUGCCUCACACGUACCCUUAUUCUGCACCACAGCUGUUUGCAAGAUCAAAUGCACUAGACAGAAAGCAACAACUGCAGCUUAACAAGCAUCUCACUUCUCAUGUCAGUUCUUUGAAUACAGGAGAAUUGUGCAUAUGUACAGCUCUGCAGUGGAUUCAAGACAAUACCACACCUUACUUCCAAAAAAGAAAGGUCUCUUCUGAAGCAGCUCCAAAAGAAAAGGCACUUAGAAGAACAUUUCAUAGAAUGUGGAUCUAUAGCCUUCAUAUAUAUAGGCAGGAACUGAGAAAGAAGAUUUUUGAUUGUGCAAAGCAGUUAAAUCUGACUGGUUUUUGCCUGACAGGAAAACCUGGUAUCAUCUGUGUGGAGGGGAUAAAAGAAAACUGUGAGGAGUUCUGGCAUGUUAUUAGAUAUCCCAACUGGAAACACAUUUCAUGCAAGCAUGUCGAGAACAUAGAAACUCAGGGUAAUGGGGAUAACCUUAGACUCUUCACUACUUUUGAAGAUUUACAGUUUCAAGCACAUGGUGAUUAUGGACUGAGGAAUGACUAUCACAUGGAUCUUGGCCAAUUCCUAGAAUUCCUGAAAUGACAUCAAAGUGAACAUGUUUUUCAGAUACUAUUUGGUGUUGAAGGCAAACAGACAACUAAAUCUAGUUCCAUGAACAGUUUUAAUGUUGUGCAGCUUAAUAUAAAAAUAAUUGUUAAUGUCCUCCAUAGAUAUACUGUAAUAAAAGUCAAUACACUGUGUUUUGCAACCAUUAACAAUAAAGGACCUGUGUAACAUAGGGAAAGCACAGUGUAUUUUUCCAUCUGUUCUAAACACCUCAUAACACUUCUGAAGUGCACAAGCUAGCGUAUCUAAUGCUAUAUGUCAUCAUUUCCCACCUUUUCCAUCCCAUGGCACACUUACAUGAAUAAAAAAACAUUGCAGCACACUGGAUGCAGAGC